CUGCAUCAAAAAAAUGCAGCGCCGAUGUCUGAAAUACAAUGGUCAGAAAACUGGAUAAGAUUGGAUCAGUUUAUUAAUUUAUCGUAGUUUUUAUCGUCUUGAGUACAGUCUGAAAAUUGUGACUUCCUCGUAAUAUCAGCGAAUAUGACGGUUUUACCCCCCUCUUCACUUAAUGGAGUUUUCCAUCAUGGACGCCAUUCGCUGACGUUUCUGCUCCCAUAGUCAGGUCCCCGGCAUCAUGAGUGAGCUGAAGGACUGCCCCCCUUUGAAGUACUGCGACUUCAAGCCUGUGGAGCACGUCAAGGUGUGUCCUCGCUACACGGCCGUGCUGGGACGCUCGGAGGACGAUGGGAUCGGCAUCGAAGAGCUGGACACUUUGCAGCUGGAGCUGGAGACCCUCCUGUCCACGGCCAACCGUCGCCUCAGAGCUCUGGAGGAGCAGAGACAGAUCCUCACAGACUGGCAGGACAAGAAAGGAGACAAGCGCUUUCUAAAGAUGGGAAAAGACCCCGACCCUGCCGCGUCAGCACGCCACAAGCCAAAGAAGCAGAAGUUAGACGGCAAAAGUAGUCACGGCCCAGGGCCAGGUCCCGGGAGACCAAAAUCCAAAAACCUGCAACCCAAAGGCCAAGAAUAUGAAUUUCCGGAUGAUCCUCAAGACAUUCCUCGCACUCCGAAGAACGACGUGCCCAACAGAUUUUGGGCCUCGGUUGAGCCGUACUGCGCCGACAUCACAAACGAGGAGAUCCGGUUGCUCGAGGAGCUUCUGAAACCGCCGGACGACGAAGCCGAGUACUUUAAAAUUCCGGCGUUGGGGAAACACUACUCGCAGCGCUGGGCUCAGGAGGAUCUGCUGGAGGAGCAGAAAGAAGGAGCACGGGCCAACGACAAGAAGAAGAGUCUCUUGGGCGGCCCGCUGUCUGAGCUCGAUGCAAAAGAUGUGGACUCUUUGCUGAAGAAGUCGGAUUCGCAGCACGAGUCGCCGGACGACGGCUGUCCCUUCGGCCCGCUCACUCAGCGUCUCCUCCAGGCUCUCGUGGAGGAGAAUAUUAUAUCCCCCAUGGAGGAUUCUCCGAUACCGGACAUUUCGGGGAAGGACGGCAACGACGGAGCCGGGACGUCUCCUCGAAGCCAAGGCAAAUCUUUCAGCGCCCCUCACACGCGUUCCCUGGAGGCUCGGAUCAAGGAGGAGCUGAUUGCCCAGGGACUCCUGGACUCCGAGGAGCGACCCGGUCCGGGCGGAGACUGCGAGGACGAGGUGCUGGUGGAGCUCCAGAAGAGGCAGGCGGAGCUCAAAGCGCUGAUUGCUCACAACAAAAGCCGCAAGCAGGAGCUGCUCAGGUUGGCGAAAGAGGAGAUGCGCAAGCAGGAGCUGAGGCAGAGAGUCAGGGUGUCCGACAACGAGGUGAUGGAGGCAUUUCGCCGAAUCAUGGCAGCCAGACAGAAGAAGCGCACUCCCACCAAGAAGGAGAAAGACCAGGCGUGGAAAGCUCUGAAGGAGCGGGAAAGCAUCCUCAAGUUGCUGGAUGGCUGAACGAACCGAAGAAAGACGGAUGUUAAAAAGUGCGUCAGGAAGAAUUUUGGACUAUACUCGCACACCGCUACAAGUUCAAAAGAUGGAGCUCCCUACAGGUGGCAUUUUUGGGGGUUGUCUCACUCUUUCUCAGCGGUUUGUAUCCACCACACCGCCAUCUUGUUUUGUUCCAGUUGUCGGGAUGAUUUUUCUAUGGCCUCUUAUCGGUGUUUGUAUCGAUGACGACCAAUUAAAAGCUGUUGUUGUAAUGAAA